CUGUUUUGGUUUGUUUCAGACUCGUGCGUUGUUCAGCAGAGACUCAGAGCGCCGGUCCACUUUACAUCAACAGAUGAUCUGCUGCUUGCUGCAGUUGUUUGUCUGUGGCACAGGGCAGAGAAGAGCACUUCAGUCUCCGACUAACUGUGAUGGAAUAUGACAGUUUAUAGAAGCACGUGUGGAUUCCCAAAGACGUCUGAAACACAGAGCCCCUGGGAGAGGGUCUGCAGUGUCUUGUGUGAACGAAUCCCCAUCUGAUCACUUCCAUACAGAUGACCAGUCAUGGCCACAGCAUCAGACUCAGCGGAUGAUUCAGUGGAUGAAGUUGUGUCCAAACAGACUUCGAAGAUAACACUGUGUAUUGUCCUGGUGACCAUCAUUAUACUGACUGCACUUGGUAACUUGCUUGUGAUGGUGGCUCUCUGUAAAGACAGACAUCUAAGGAAGAAGAAGACCAAUUUCUUCAUCGUAUCACUGGCAUUUGCAGACUUUCUAGUUGCCCUUGUUGUGAUGCCCCUGGCAGCCAUAGAGUUGGUCACCGGUCAGUGGAGCUAUGGAGAGACGUUCUGCUUGGUCCGAACCUCACUGGACGUGCUGCUGACCACUGUAUCUAUACUGCAUCUGUGCUGCAUUGCACUAGACAGGUACUAUGCGAUUUGCUGUCAGCCUCUGGUCUACAAUAACAAGAUGACGCCUGUGAGAGUCUCACUGAUGCUGGUUGGAUGCUGGGUCAUCCCCAUUUUUAUCUCUUUUCUUCCCAUCAUGCAAAGUUGGAAUACCAUUGGAAUCGAGAGCUUUAUCGAGGAAAGAAAGUUCAACUCUUCCCAUAAUUCAACUUGUGUGUUCAUGGUGAACCGACCCUAUGCUCUGGUGUGUUCGGCCGUGGCCUUUUAUGUGCCGCUGGUGCUGAUGGUUCUGGCCUAUCAGAGAAUCUAUGUCACCGCUAUGGGACACGCUCGGCGAAUCGGCUUACUGCAUCGGGCCGGCUCGGCCCCUUCUUCGACUUACCCCAACCACGAUCAACAUGGUUCCAAUCACAUUAAGAACGAAACUAAGGCGGCCAAGACACUGGCUGUCAUCAUGGGUUGCUUCUGUCUGUGCUGGGCACCCUUCUUUAUCACCAAUGUGGUGGAUCCCUUCAUCAGUUACAGUGUGCCCUGGCAGAUGUGGACCGCUUGGCUCUGGUUGGGUUACAUCAACUCGGGUUUGAAUCCGUUCCUGUAUGCUUUUCUGAACCGGGCUUUUCGGAGAGCCUUCCUUAUGAUCCUGUGCUGUGGAAAUGAGCGCUAUGCCCGGCGGGGGGGCUUUAGUCCAAGCAGACAGCACUCAGAGUCUGUCAACGGAACCUCCAUUUCUCUCAGAUUGUCAUUUCUUCAAAACCGAAGGUACAGCAACAAUUCCAACCGAUUUCUGUCAUGCGAGCUGGAAUCUCAGGAGUCUGUAGGUGCAUCAUAGCCAAGAGUUCAAGUGCCUACAGAUGUAGCCUGAUGAGAACAUACAGACAACAGCCUACAUAGGAAACGUGUCAAAUCAAGAGACUUCAUUGCAGUUUUCUUUUGAUGAUAAGUAACAAAUCACAAAGAUUUAAAAACAAAAACAAAGCCAUCAUCAUCAUCGCUUUUAGUCAAAAACAUCCAUAAUAAUCAGUAAACAGUCCUGGGAUAGAGGACUUGUAUUUUAGCCCAGGAGUGUCAAAUUCAGUUCUUGGAGGACCAUUGGUCUUCUGAGUUUAGCUCCAACCCUAAACACACUUGAACCAGCUAAUCAGGGUCUUCGGGGAUUACUAGAAACUUCCAGACAUGUGUUUUGAAGCUGGUUGGAGCUACAUUAAGCAGGACACGUGUUUUAGCCAGAAACAGCAGUUUAAAGUUAAAAACAUCUUAAAGAUGGAUUUCUUUCUUACAAACACAGAGCUUUUCACUUCACAAGAUGUUAAUUGAUGGACUGGAGUCAUGUGGAUUAUUGCGAUGUUUUUAUCAGCUGUUUGAACUCUCAUUCUGACGGCACCCAUUGGAGAGCAAGUGACGUAAUGCUAAAUUUCUCCAAAUCUGUUCAGAUGAAGAAACAAGCUCUUCUUAUUCUUCAGCAGCUGUAUGGAGUUGUCAACGUACUGCUUCUCUUUUGUAGUCGUUCUUAUCUUUUAAGUUAGGAGGAACAUUUCUGCUUCAGCUGUAAAGGCUAACAAUGACAAAUGUAUACUGCUCAGCAGACAGGUGCAAACGCCUUGUUAAUUAAGCAUGCAGUUAUUCUUGCAUCCAUUGAAUCUUAAACGCUGAUUUUAAGACUAAGGAGUUGAGACUCCCUCUUUAUUCAUCAGUGUAUUUAUGUUGUACAUGUACAGUUUUGACUUCUGUGAAAAGAAGCAGUGGCUUGUCACUGUGUGACAUUUGUACUUUUAUUGUAUCAUGGUGUAAUCAAACGUAAUUUAAUGUACAGUGUAUCUGGACGAUGAAUCUAAAAAAAAAAAAAAACGUCAAAGUUUGAUAAAACUACAUAAAAACGACAUUGUUAUUUGUAUGUGUUUGGCACUUCUCAUCCAUUGCAUACAAGCUGAUGUUUGACUGAUGUGUCAUUGUUCUUUCCAUUGUGCUCCAGACAGCUAGACAGAGGUUCCUAGGAGACAGCUAAAUGAUCAAAUAUUUAAUUUUGUAAUGCUUCAUAUGGCCUUGAAAGCAUUAGCUUGAUCAUGCCAUUACAUUGUUUUGCCCAAAUGAGCCAAUUAAAUGUCGAGGCAUCGAGUGCCACUCAAAAAUUCAGACUCGACCAUCAAAGAUCUAAAUUACUAGCCAUUUGUGAAACAAAUGUGAAGAUGAUUUCAAACAAAGUUUUAAAGCAGCUAUUCCAUCAUGAGCUACACAACAGAUGUUUAUGCUCUGCCAGUGACAAUCAACCAAAUCUCCGAAGCACUGCU